GACCUGAUGAGUCCUGCAGUACCGACCCCACCCAGCAGGCGUCGUUGCGCCAUUGCGCCAUUGCGCCAUUGCGCCAUAGCAAUCUGAGACUCCUUUUCACUUUGACUCCGUCAGACAUUCGGCAGCUGUUCUUCAGUGCAAGUGUUAAACAGCGGCGGAGUGGAUUCACUGACAUGUCAAAAAUCUUCAUCCAAAAGAUUGAGAGUCCUUCUUGCCUCUGGUGUCGAGUGAUUCAAGAACCUGGUGUCGACACAGAGACAGCAGAACAAUAUUCCAAGCUUCAGGCUCGAAUGAACCUUUUCUACAAUGACUUGACCCAGGACCAGUCGAGGCUGAUUCCCACUUCGUUUGAGGAAAAUGAGGUGUAUGCUGUGUUCUGGGAGGAGAGGAAGUUUUGGUGUCGCGUUGUGGUGAAGUCCAUCACGGUGGAUUCAGUUACCUGUCUGGCCUGCUGCUUCCUGGUCGACUAUGGAGAAAGAAUCGUAGUUUCUUCAGACAAGAUCCGGCUGACAGUUCCUGACUUUCUGCAGCUGCCUUUCUGGGCGCAGAAGUUCCACUUGUCUGGAAUCAAACCAACAACACUGCGGGUUCCUUUUCUGGAGGAGAAGGCCGAGCUCAUUCCAUCCAGUCAGUGGGACAUCUCUGCCACACUUUACCUGCACAGUCUGCUCAAAGCAUCUCUCUCCAUGGAGGCUGUGCUGUUGGAAAGUGAGUCAGACUCAACUGCUAUAGAGCUUUAUCUGUCCACUGGGGACUUCAAGAUCUGUGUCAACGACGAGUUGGUGUCCAAGAAGUUUGCAUAUUACAGCGAAGAGUCUGGACGAGGUGGUCUGGAUCCAUGGGGCAGAAUUCCUGUCAAAUUCUGCUCCAUCUUAACCCAAAUUGACUCAGCGUCUUCCAUCAAGCUGGAGGCCGUUAAACCUCCACCAACGUCUGUAAAACCAGAGCAGCCUUUGGAAGUGGAAGCAGAGGAUCUGCUGGCAUCUUACCCUCAGGACGAUGGUUGUGACUUGGAGGUCCUGGAGAAGCAGCUGUCAUCAAGCAGCAUAUCUAUGAGUGACCCAGAACCUUGUUCUGCAGUGAGUGAUUCAUUAGAAGACACAGACUCUUGUUUGGCUGCGUCUUUGGGGAAAAACCAGGAUCUAUUCAGGUUCCUAAAGCAUCUGAAUCCUGACGACAAAACCCAGCAUUCUCUUCCUGGGGUGGGUCUUGAUGAAGAAUUGAACAUGUGUCGACCUGUGCAGAAGAACAAACACUCAACUACGUGGACCGAACAAAAACUCAGUCUGAAAGAUGAAGCUGUUUGCAGCAGUGAAGGAGAAAAUCCAGCAGAGGAGGAGAACGGUCCUGGUAAACUAAUAACGUCUGGACGGGCAGAAGCAGGGAAACCCUUUUGUGGUCGAAAAGACUUGGCGAGCUCCUGCUUUUUGGAGUGGUUGAACCCCGGACCCUCUAAUCCAGAUCAAGAGGAUUCAGAUGACGCAGCUCCCCACUGUGAUCCAUGCCUGAGUGGGGUUUUGGUGCACUCUUCCCUCCCCGUAGAAGCCUGCAGCAGUCUGGAAGACGCCCCCGUCACUUAUCCUCUCCGUCGGGCGCUGCUUAAACAAAAGUACGGCAGCCUGUCUUCAGCUGACUGCUACAGUUGGCCGGCUGUGGCCCAGGGGAACAGCACUGUGAUCAUCUCCCACAGCUCUGACCAGCCACUCAGUUUCCUUGCCCCCAUCCUAACCCACAUCCUGUUGAACUCUCUGUACACCCCCCGCAUGUCAAGCUUAGGGCCCAUGGUACUGGUGCUCUGUCCAGGCUGGGAGAGGGUCCAGAUGGUGUUCAGUGUGCUGGAAGAGACCAAGGUUUCUGAAAGCCUUCAUCCGGACGUCGCUCUUCUGGGGGUGGGCAAGGACCAAGCCAAAAAUUUUAAACUUCCCAAAAACUGCCUUAUGUUAGUGACCACGCCGUUCACAAUGGUCCGUCUGCUGUCCUGCCACUGCCGCCUCUUCCAGCGGCUGUACCACCUGGUGCUUGACGAGGCCGAUCAGCUCUUCGCUCGUGCUCCUGAUCAGAUGAAAACCAUCUUGCAGCACUUCCACAAAGUCGUUUCCACCGAGGAGAAAACCCUUUACCCUCAGCAGCUGGUUUGUGUGGCUAAAAGGUGGAGCCCCCAAAUGGAGGCUAUGGUGACUGCUUACAUGCCGUACCCCAGCAUCGUCAUAACCAUCCCUGAAGAAGCUGGUCUCUAUGGAAACGUUCAACAGAUCGUCCUUAUGACUGUGGAGAGCAUGAAGAUCUCAGUGCUGAUGGGGGUGUUGGACUUCAGCCCCCUCGUCUGCCAGAAGACUUUGAUCAUAGCAAAUUCUUCACAGGAUGUAGAUUACGUUUAUGAGGCUGUGAGCAGCAAGUCAGCAUUCUGUCUGAAGACCCACGAGGGCUUAACCCACCAGUUUGACUCUGUCGUUCAGCAGUGGAGCAAAGACAUUGGAGCUGGUUCUCACCUUAUUCUAGUGACCACAGAUGAAUGCCUGAAGUGUCUCGGCAUCAGAGAUGCAACAUGUGUCGUUCAUUAUGAAUUUCCAGCAGCACGCAAAUGGUUUGGGAGAAGACUGUUCUGCAUGUUCAAAAACUUCAGGAACCUUUCUAAGCAAACCCAGCGCUGCUCCAGUGUUGCUCGCUCCGUGCUGCUGGUCUCAGAGAAGGACUCUCGCCACAUCGUUGGUGUUAUGCGCUACCUCAGACGGACCGAUGCCCUGCUUCCUCCAGAGCUGCUGGCCUUCGAGCAGGGGGUCCUGAAAGCCCGUGACGAGCAGAAAAUGAGUCGUCCUCUCUGCAGCUACCUAAAGAGCUUUGGAGUGUGCAGAGACAGCAGUGUGUGUCCUGAUCGACACACAUUCUCUCCUCUGCUGGAUCGGUCUACACUCCCUGCAGCUGGAAUCAUAGAAGUUGUUCCUCUCUUCAUAAAGACUGCAUCAGUGUUUUGUGGCCGUUUGGUCAGGAAGGAGGACAGGGAGUUUGAUGAAAUGGUCUCUGGCAUGGCUUCUUAUUAUGCUGACAAGAAACCAGAAGCCAGAGAUCUUCAGGAAGGAGGGUUGUAUGCUGUUCAGGAGGAGGACUUCUUCCACAGGGUGAAGAUCCUGUCUUUGCCCAAAAGUGACGGGAGUCUGUUCUUCUGCGUCUAUGUCCGGUUCAUCGAUGUUGGCAGAGAAAAGGAAGUCAAGUCCUAUCAGAUCUUAAAGCUGCCGGAGCACUUUCAUUCCCUUCCCGAGCAGGCCGUGGAGAUCACGGUGUGCGGGGUGAAGCCUGCUGAUGCCGAGAUCGACUGGCACCCCAAGGUCAUCAGAACCAUCAGUCAGAAGAUCCGAGGACUGCAGCACCGGGCCACAGCAGUUCUAAGCCUGGGAAACACUAUUUUUGUUGAUCCGAUGGUCCGUGUCACUCAGGUGCCAGGCAUGAAAACUCUCAUCAAUGAAUACAACGUCCAGUUGGAGAUUCUGAACACUGGAAUGGGGUUUAGAAACCCAGAUCAUCUGGACCUUCUGAAGGCAUUGUGCCAAGAUGAAAAGGCUUGCAGUCACAAAGAGGACGUUCACCCAUCAGGAUUCUGGGAUAUGCUGUCAUGUGUGAAUGUCAGAACCACAGCAGAGAAUGGAGAAUCAAGUGAACCAAGGAAGUCUGUGGAGUCAACAAACAAGUCGUUGGUCCAGAUACCCCCACCUCCUGAAGUACCCCUGGUCUCAGCUUGUGGUGACAAGUCACCGUUUGACAGCCGAACUGUUGGUUUGGAGAGAUCCAGCGUUUCUGCUGAGCAGAUGAAGAAGUUUUUGUCUGCAAGCAUCAGUAAUGGAAGAGAAAACGGUCGUGCAGGAAACCCAUCCCUUUGUAAAAACGAUGUGUUUAAAGGUGCCGAUCGAAAAUCCACAGGCCAGAUUCCUAACAGCGGUCUGACGGACUGUAGAAACUCUGCAAAGAGCUUCCACCCACAGGUAUGUUGGUACCAGACAUCCCAGUGUGUGAUAGUAACAGUGAGACUGAUGAAUCCAGAGAACCAGUUCUGCGAUUUCUUUCCUGACAGAGUGACCUACAGUGGCACAGUGAACGGUCGGAUCUUCAGAACCUGCCUGGACCUGCAGCACAGAAUUGCAGUUGACAGGUGCUCCUGGGAAAUGAAGUCCAAUCAGCCAGUUCUCAAGCUAGUGAAGCAGCAGCAGGGACACUGGGACAGACUGGUCAGGGUCAAGAACAUUUUUGUCACGUUUGACACGGAGCACCUUGAUGAUGACAAAGAUGAGGAGUCAGAUGGACGGUGGUUCAGAGCAAACACAGGAGAGGAGGACGUCUACGUGAACUCUGAGUGUGACAGUGAGAGCGACUGAAGCUGCUCCACUUCAUUCUGUUUUCUAUGCUCUUCUACUCACUAUGAAGUUUGAAGUUAAUGUUGAGGAUGGGCAAGUUCUGUUUAAGAUUUUAGUUUAUUUUUUUGCGUUUAUGUGAAUUAAAACAGGCUGGUUUUGGUUUCACUGAGUUUGUCAUUGAGGCCAGAUUGAUCUCAUGUUCCAGAACGUUUCAGUAGGACUUGUGUUUGGAAACAUCAUUCUGGGCUCUGAUCAGACCAGCCAGGUCAUGACUGUUUCACAUUGCAUUUCAUUACAUCACCAGCUGUUCUGAAGCGUCACUGCUUCCAUGCACCACAGAAUUAUAAUUCAAUGCUCACAAUAAUUUAGAUUUAUUAUUUGCAUCGGUUCUUCUCCUAAUUGUUUGUAAUUCAAAUAAAAAACAUAAGUUAUCUUUGACAUUACUUUUAAUGAAUAAAAUAAACACAAUUUUCAUUAGUUUGAUAUGUGUUACCCCCCAAAUUAAGACAAUAAUAAAGAUGGAACCAAAUAACAAACAUU